AGCCGGCGGGCGGGAUACGCAGGCUGAGCUGUGAGUGUAAUGGAGGCUGAGUAACUGAGGGAAGAUAAAGGCUGUUUGUCCUUGGCUGGGGAAAGAGAAGGAAAGAGGAAUUUUUUUUUUAAAGUUUGUUUUUGGAAAAAAAAAGCAAGCAAAAAAAUGGAGAUGAAGAAAAGGAUGAACCUGGAAAUGAAGAAAAGGAUCAACCUGGAGCUGAGGAACAGGAACCCAGGCGAGGUGGCAGAGUUAGUAAUUGACAAUUGUCGCAGCAACGAAGGGGAGAUCGAUGGCUUUGGUGAUGGAUUUAAGGAGCUGGAGUAUCUCAGUAUGAUCAACGUGGGACUCAAGUCUCUCUCCAAACUCCCAAACCUCCAUAAACUGUUAAAGCUGGAGCUCAGUGACAAUUCCAUCUCAGGAGGGUUGGAGUUACUAACGGAGAAGUGUCCCAACCUUGUGUACCUCAACCUCAGCAGCAAUAAGAUAAAAGACUACAGCACAGUGGAGCCUCUGAAAAACCUGAAGCAUUUGAAGAGCUUGGAUCUGUAUAACUGUGACAUCUCCAAUCCCAGUGACUACAGGGAGAACAUUUUCAAGCUCCUCCCCCACAUCACCUACCUGGACGGCUUUGACCGAGACGAUCAGGAGGCUCCGGAGUCUGAUGAUGAGGAGGAAGACGAAGAGGACGAAGAUGGAGCGGCAGCAGCAGGGGGUUACUACGAGGAGGAUGAGGACGAGGAAGAAGAUGAAGAGGAGGAGGAUGACGAAGAAGAGGAGGAUGACGAGCCCGAGGAAGCGGAGGAGGUCGGAUUAUCCUAUCUCCUAAAAGAAGAAAUUCAGGAUGAUGAAGAUGAUGACGAUUAUGUUCAUGAAGGAGAAGAGGGAGAGGAAGGUGAUCAAGACUUGGCCGCUCAGGGACAGAAACGGAAACGAGAGGCGGAAGAUGAAGGCGAAGAGGAUGAGUAGUUCCUUCCGGGUGUGACCAAGCGCCUGUUUUUACCGCAAUACAACAUCGUAACAUACUUGCUACGGUUGAAGUAGUAACUGUCACAAUUGGAGUUGAAAGGGGUGCAGAGGAGGAACCUGGGGUCGGAGGGAAAGGAAAUUAUUUUGUUGUACUUUUUUUAAAAAACCAUUCCAGUUUUAAUAGCAAAGUCCUGGAUUCAUUUGUGUAGUUUUUUAUUAUUUGCAAAGUCUUUCUUCGGAGCUGUGUGAAAACCAUACUCAAAGUUCAUGCAAAGUGAAAUUCUAAAGAUUUAGUUCUAUUGUGUGUGUGCAUAUGUGUGUGUUCCCAGUGAGGAAGGUUCAGAAGUGGUGAAGAUGCAGUGAAAAACAGCUUGGGGUUCAAUGCAUAUUUCAAAGCACUAUACAAUUGCUUUAUUUUCUCUGAAUAGUUACCUGUCUGCAUUUGCUAUGUAAACCAUCAUGCUGCAGUUCCAUUCUCCUGCCAGGAGUAGUGCACCACUGAGAGCAGAUUACACUCCUCACUCUGGUAAACCAUCAAUAUAAAUGUUGACACUGGAAAUCACAGGGAAAAAAAGACUAAGUCCAUUCACCUUAAAUAAAUUUCCCAAAACACUUUUUACCUUGUGUGUAUUCUCAAUAAAUGUCUCCCCAGUUUUGUUUUAAACUUCUAGCUUUCCAUUCCCCUGCAGGUCAGAUUCCUCACCUUGGCUAGCUGGGACUCUGGUUGGUCUGACAUAGACCAGUGAUCAGCCUCCAAAGUUUCAGAGUCCAUGUUCAAGAAGCAUUUCCCACAAGAGCUAUGUUUUCCUCCAGAUGAACACGUCUUUUUAAAAAUAUACAUUUUUCUUCCCCUUCUAGGAAGAAAAUCCAAAUCCUGUAUAGUUUCCAAUCGAGGAGAGGGGACUAGAUGCCAUGUUUGGCUGGGGACAGAUGAUAUAGCUACAGCUUGCUGCUGGUAAUGCGGGUGGCUUGUGUGCUUAUAGCCAGUUGUCCAGUUAAUAAGUUCAUACUCUUCUGUUCCUAGUGGAUUUUUUUUUUUGUAACUAUCAAAUUAUUAAAUCUAGGAACACCCUAACAAAUCUUUCAGGGAGUGUAGAAUGAACGUGAUAUAUUUGUGGUGUAGCCUUCUAUGGCAAACAGUUUAUUUGAUUUCAGACUUCUGGUUUAAGACACAAGGUGCGGCUGGCUGUAUCCUUUCGUAAAGUCCUGUCUCCAUAGAUUGCUCCUGACCUCCUUCAACUCCCAUUGAAAUCACAUUUUUAACCUGUUAAGGAUUCCUCUACAGGCACAGACAGUUAAAUCGCGUGUAGGGAUGGGGUUUUGUAUCCGUAGAUUGUGUGGGGGGGGGGGGGCUUUUGUUUUGUAGAUGUCCCUUAAAACACCUGAGCACUGUUGGAAUUCAAUCCCCUGCCUGCAGGAUUUAGGGGUUCUUGCAAAUCAAAAUUGAAAAACUGCGGGUGAUAAUUCUGCUGGUGCUUGUGUGUGUCACAGAUGAUAUUUUUAAUGCUUUUUCCCCAAAGGAAUUGUGCAGAUGCACUGAUUCUGGAAGUGACAGCCAAGGAAUAGCUUUUUUUUAAAUUCUCUCUCACUUGAGGUGGAGCCCAGACACAGACUAUCCUUCCCAUAACUACCUAUCUGCCCCAAUAUGGUAGUGUAGCGGUUAGCGCUACAUUAUUCCUGCUAAAGGCGUUGGGAGUCCAAUUCCAACCUCUUCUGUAAAGAGUUUGUACAUUCUUCCCUGUGAACACGUGUGUUUCCUCCAAGUGCUAAGGUUUCCUCUCACAGUCAAAAGAUGUACUGGUUAGUAGGUUAAUUGGUUAUUGUAAAUUGUCCUGUAAUUAAGCUAGGGUCGCUGGGCAGUGUGGCUCAAUGGGUAGAAGAGCCUGUAUGGUGGUGUAUCUCUAAAUAAUAACGAAAACAAAUAAAUAAACUUUGGCCUGGUUGAGUAGCAAUCCUUUUGAGCAAAAGACAAUGUUCUGUACAGCUCCCUACCCCACCACUCUACACCUGCCCUUCUCUUCAACGUGCUACCUGUUAUCAUUCUAACAGUGCUCAGAGUGACACACUCCCAAUUUUUUUUUUAAAAGAACAUUUUUGUAAAUUGUCUGGUUGGUUGCCUUUUUAAGAAGAGAACAGCCUCCCUGCCCCUCUUUUUGUGUUCAAAAUUGUUUUUGGAAGAAUAGUUUUUUUGGUUUUAGGAUAUACUGUAUUUGGAUGAAGCCAUGGUAGAAUUUUUAAAUUUGGAAUAAUGAAUUUGAAGCAUUAUUUUGCUUCGGCAUAUAUAUAUCUCAGCCCAGGCAGUUACGCUGUAGCAGUCUGUGAAUGUUUCUCCAAUUACUACUUCCAGGGAUAUUCCCAGGACAUUCAUUUGCAUGUGCCAGCUCCCUGCAGGGGUGUGCGUUCCCUUCUGCACCAGACCCUUCCCCAGUGGUAAACUAGAACUUGUUUGUACUUGCCACGACCUUGCCCACCAAAUGUGACUAGUUGACCUUCCUCUCUACCCCUGUAUUUUAAUUUUUAAUUAUUUGGGGUGGAGGGUGGUUGCAAAUUUCAUUAAACCAUGAAAAUAGAGCCUCCUGGGAACAUCUCUGGGUCUGUUUUGUGCUGUAAACAUAAUGCCGUUUUUGUUUAUAUAUAAACUCAAAAGUUGCACAAAAUAAAGUUCCAAAUGUUUCAGUAAAA